AUUAAGCAACAUAAGUUAACUUGAAUCACUUGAAUCAUUGAUAAUCAUUAACAAUCAACAUGGAAACACUGAAAAUGAAAACAUGGUGAUUAUUGUUAUUUUUGUGACUUAAUAAUCAACUUUUUCAUUUAAAUCAGCAAUUAACUUUUGCCCCAUUCAACACCAAUGGAUAAGGAUAUCUGAUUUUCAACAUUUAUCAUUAAUUUAAUUGUUCUGGUGGUUAAUGAAUAUUCAUAAAUAUACAAUUUAUCAUUUACCUCUAUUGGUUAGUUAAUAUUAAAAUUGAUUGUGUCUCUCUCACUUUUUGUCUGUCUUUGAUUGUGAUUAUGGAUCAACACAAUUGGACAAUCAAAAGUAAUGCUGAUUAAGUUUUAAAGGUAAGUGAUUAACCAAAUAUCAACUAAUUGAUUUGUUUCAUCAUCAUUAUGGUGACAAUUAUGAUAAGAUAAAUGAUUAGAAUUGUGAAUGUUUCAAGUUAAUCAAUGAACUUUUUUUUUCUCUUGAUUUUGCUUGAACAAAUGAAGAAACAAUUUGAUUACAAUCAAAUUGACUCUCAAUGUUUUCAUGAUGAUUUAACUCAAUUGAACCAUGAUGAUGGUGAUGAUCAUGUUGAUGAUAAGUUUUCCAUGAUUAUUUUUAUCAUUUGAUGGUUUUUUUUUGUUCAUCAGGAGGGAAAAUCAUUAUUCAGUUGAAUAGAGGGCGAGGAGGAGGUUAGGUGGCGGUGGAAAAAUAUAACAAGAGGAGGAGGCGAAAAAAAUAGAGGAGAAAAGUCGAAGAAGAGGAAAAAAGGUUCAAUUCGAAGAAGAGAAAAUUCAAAGUUCAUUUAGAACUUUAAUUCUGAACAAUAAUAAGAAAAUAAUAACCAAAGAAGAGAAAGAGAGAGAGAGAAAAAAAUAAUCGAACAAGAUAAUCGGAUGAUCGAUAAUAAUUCUAAAAGUUCGAGUGGUUCAUUUUCUGAACAUUUAUCCUCGAUAACUAACAACAAGAAUAAUAAUAGCAGCGAUAUUAAUCAUCAUGAUCAUGAUCAAUUUACAUUUAAUAAUGUAUCAUGUUCAUCAACAAUUAACUGUAACAAUCAAAAUCUACCAACAACAACAUUACUUGAGCUUCACAAGGGUCGACCAAUUAAGAUAACAAUUAAGGUUAUCGUACCAGUUAAAGAUCAUCCAAAUUAUAAUUUCAUAGGGAAACUUUUAGGACCCAAAGGUAACUCAUUGAAAUGGUUACAGGAAGAGACUCAGACCAAGAUGGCGAUUCUGGGUAAAGGGUCAAUGAGAGAUAAGAAAAAGGAGGAAGAACUGACCAGCUCAGGUAAUCCAAAGUAUCUUCACCUGAAAGAGGAUCUUCAUGUUGAGAUUAGUACCUUUGCCCCUCCGGCUGAGGCUUAUACUCGAAUGGGUCACGCCCUGAAUCAAGUUCAACGUUUCCUGGUCCCUGAUUAUUAUGAUGAUAUUAGGCAACAACAGCUGAGAGAAUUGGGAGUGUUAAAUGUAACUCGAAGUGGUUCAAAGGGUGAAAAUGAAAUUGAUUCAAUGACCACUGGUCAUCAUCACCUUUACCAUCAUCAUCAUGUUCAUGGUGAUAAAUUGAUGGUGAACGAUGAUGAUCAGAUUUUUGAUGAAUCAAAUGGUUCAAUUGGUACAUCAAAAUCUAAUGGACUUUGUAGUAACACCCAAACUCAACCAACACCCAAUUCACCAACAGCAACAACAACACCAUCAACCAUUGGAUCAAAUAAUUUAAAUAAUCAUUCACAUGCUCAUCAUAAUCUAUAUCAUCUUCCUCAUCAUCCUUAUCGCCAUCAUCAUCUUUCCUGUACUGAUAUGAGUCCUCAUCAUUUUCACAAUCAUCAUCCCUCUCACUCUCAACAUCCUCCUUAUCUUCAUCUUUAUCCUCAUCAUCACCAUGCUGGUUUUCAGACAAAAUGUUCACAUUGUCCAAUCGCUAAAACAAUCAUCUCAUCAACAUCUCCAACACUUUCAUCAUCAUCAACUUCAUCCUCAAUCACAGCUCUAACAACGGGAGGAGGAGGUAAAACAAAGUCAUCAUCAUCAUCAUCGGAAACAUCACCAUUAAUUAACAAUGAUUAUGAUUUAAUCACAAAGGAUUGUAGUUGUCCUCAUGUUGAACUUGAAAAUUCAGAUGAAACAUGGAAUCCAAAAAGGACCCAUUGUAAAGUUAAUCGUAAUAAUCAAUGUCGACAAUCAAAUUUACCUUAUAUUACAAAACGUAAUUUCAAUCGCUGUUGAAUGGACAGUUAAACGGAAUUGGAAAAAAAACUAGAUUUAAUUAUCGAAAUUGUAUUAAUAUCUCUAAUUAUUCUUACUGGUCUGGUGAAUAUCAAUACAAAUUGUUUAUCUCCAUUCAUUAAAAUACUACUGAUAAUAUCACUUAAUUGUUUUAAUCAUUAAUUUCUCAUGAAACUUCAUUCACAAC